CCGGCGGGUAAACAUGGGCGAUCAGCUACCAACGAAAAAGAUUAAAACCGAGCCAAUUGAUAAAGAGAAUGAUAUCGAGCACGCUAUUCCGACAUUCGUCCUUAAACCUCCCACAUCUCUACUCGAGUCCUCGGUCGAAGUAAUCGAUUUGACGGAGGAACAGUUUUUAAACGAAUUUAAAAGCUUUUUAACUACCCUGCCCGAACGUCGUGUCGAUAAGGAUGCCAGGAAAAACACAACAAAAGCGAAAUCUAAAGCUUCCCAACGGACACAGUGCAUGCCCAUAGACUAUCUAGAACACGUUUGCUUUCAGCAAGACACGUUCAUCUGCGAGCUGUUUGAUUUUACCUUCACCAAUGUAAUGCUGUACGGUCGGGUAACGGCCGAAACGGUGAAAGAUGAUGUGGUAAUAUACCGCCUUGAUGAUGGUACAGGGGCGGUAGAUAUAUUUUACCGGCCCGGUAAUAAAAAAUAUUCGGAUAAUCUUACCAAGCUGGAGUAUUGCGAUGACCUGCUGCGUCGGAAAAAUACUCCAUUCAACGAAGAAUCCGUACCGGAGUCUGCGGAACUGAGGAAACAUCUAAGACUGUUAAUACAGAUUGCUAAAGCACAAUGUACUAAGCGCUUAAACCGAAUAAAGUUAGGAACGCUUUGCUUCGUUGCCGGAAAUCCAUUCAUGGGCCGGGAGGAUAAGGUAUGCGUGUUUGCCCACAGUAUGUUUCCUGACGACGAACUGGGCAGAUCCUGUGAGCUAUUUUGGAAAACUCAUCUUCUAAAUAUCUACGAACCCCUUCUUACAUCAGAGGAUGUGCCUACGGUGGACAGUGAUAACAGUUCUGGGAAAAACAUUACAGAAGUAAAUGAUAAUCACUUGGGGGUAUAGACAAUA